AUAUAUAUAUUAUUGUGUGGGUCACAUGAGAAGGGGCGAGCGGGCGGGCCUCGGUUAGCAGCAGCUGCCGCCGUUGUAGAGCUGGACUGAAGAGAAAGGCAAACGAGGAAAGGCUCUUGACAAUCGAGGUUCCCUCAGAGCUGGGAUAGCGGGAGCUGGCCGCCAAGCGCCCCCCUCAGCAGUCUGCACGGGCUCCUCGCUCCACCUCUAACAUUGCCCAGUGCUCUGUGAGCAGCCCCAACAUGGACGAAGAAGGAGGCGGCGGCGGCGGCGACGCGGGAAGCGUGCCUGAUGACCUUUCUGUAGACGAGAGAGAAGAGCUUUUAAAUAUUCGUCGUAGAAAAAAAGAAUUAAUUGAUGAUAUUGAGCGGUUAAAAUUUGAAAUAGCAGAGGUGAUGACGGAAAUCGAUAACUUGACAAGCGUAGAGGAAAGCAAAACUACACAGAGAAAUAAGCAAAUAGCUAUGGGAAGAAAAAAGUUCAAUAUGGAUCCCAAGAAGGGAAUCCAGUUCCUCAUAGAAAAUGACCUCUUGCAAAAUACUCCUGAGGACAUUGCUCAGUUCCUUUAUAAAGGGGAAGGGCUAAAUAAAACUGUCAUUGGAGAUUAUCUUGGUGAAAGGGAUGACUUUAAUAUUAAAGUACUUCAGGCUUUUGUUGAACUCCAUGAGUUUGCUGAUCUCAAUCUUGUACAAGCCUUAAGGCAGUUCCUGUGGAGUUUCAGACUUCCGGGAGAGGCUCAAAAAAUUGAUCGUAUGAUGGAAGCUUUUGCUUCACGUUAUUGCCUUUGCAACCCUGGAGUCUUUCAGUCUACAGAUACGUGCUAUGUGCUGUCUUUUGCAAUCAUUAUGUUAAACACUAGUCUACACAACCACAAUGUAAGAGACAAACCAACAGUGGAGAGGUUUAUAUCUAUGAAUCGAGGUAUUAACGAGGGCGGGGAUCUCCCAGAGGAAUUGCUACGGAAUUUAUAUGAAAGCAUUAAAAAUGAACCCUUUAAAAUUCCAGAAGAUGAUGGGAAUGAUUUAACUCAUACAUUUUUUAACCCAGACCGAGAAGGUUGGCUGCUGAAAUUAGGUGGAAGAGUGAAAACAUGGAAAAGGAGAUGGUUUAUACUAACAGAUAAUUGCCUGUAUUAUUUUGAAUACACAACAGACAAAGAACCCAGAGGAAUUAUCCCAUUGGAAAAUCUCAGCAUAAGAGAAGUUGAGGAUCCGAGAAAACCAAAUUGUUUUGAAUUGUAUAAUCCCAGCCACAAGGGGCAAGUCAUUAAAGCCUGCAAGACGGAAGCUGAUGGCAGAGUGGUAGAAGGCAACCAUGUGGUUUACAGGAUAUCUGCUCCCACCCCUGAAGAAAAAGAAGAGUGGAUCAAAUCAAUCAAGGCAAGUAUCAGCAAGGACCCCUUUUAUGAUAUGCUGGCAACCAGGAAGAGAAGAAUUGCUAAUAAAAAAUAGCACUAUUAAGGGACUCUUGUGGACCUGCCUUAACGAGAUUGCUAGUACAUAGUAAAACGAAGGUAAAGUUCAAAGAAAACAAGACUCAUAUGGAAAUGUAAUCACUUUCCUGCAGCAUCUACCUUGUCUGUGCCCAUUUAUAAUAUUCCAUGAGAAACUGGAAGAAGUUCCAAGCCGAUGGAUUUAUUUUUAUGUAAACUGAAAACUUGGAAGCCUUAUGGCCUGUUUUUGUGGGUGUGGCAAUGUUGUUGAACCAGGAGAUGAUGAUAUGUAAUCUGUCCCUCUCCUGAACUGGGGAGCCUUUGUCCUGGAUUGUGACCUGUUGCUGAAUUUACAAUUCACAACUAGCAGAUUACUCUUUCCUGUAUUUAGAAGUCUUUUGCUCUGUUGUUCAAAACUUUCCUACCCUUUGCAAUGCAGAGAAGUUCGAGCCUUGCCUUAUUUCAUGUACAGCUCACAUUCAGUCUCCGGUGCUUUCAUUUAGUAUCCCCAUCCUCCAACCUACUGAUGGAUAGGACAAUUACAUUUUAAAAGAAACAACCACCACUAGCCUGGCAGCUAUAUGAUUAACAGAUCUAUAUCUCAUAAACAGUUUGUCAUGCACUGAAAACGUAAAGUUUUCAAAGAUGAAAAGGUUGCAAACAUGAGCUUUGGCAGUAUCAGUAUUGCUUAUCUUUAUUUUUUAGAUGCCUUGGAAAUGUGCCAUCUUGCUCUUGAGAUGUUAGCCUGAAAUGUCUUUCCCAGAUCCAAGUUAUGUCUUGUGACAUUCACCAUCAUCUUAUAUUUUUGUACCAACAUAAGUAAUAGUGACAGACAGAUAACUAAGCAAUGGUUUCUCUUGUGCUGUGUUUCGUGUGCAAGGCUCCAUGGUUGUUCAAAAACAUCAGGUUUAACUGUUCUUAUUUAUUGCCAUGCAGAGAAAUCAAGCAAGGUUUUUUUUCUGGAACAAGCCAAACAACAACCCUCCCAAGUGUGUGUGUAGGAUUAGUUACCCAUUAUUUUGCUAAUAAAAGAGUGUGUGGUAGGUAUCUAAAGGCAAAUGUUGUAGCAUCACCUGAGUUAGUGCUGGAUUUUGAAUCUUUCUUAAUGAAGAUAUGUGGGUACAACUGGUUGGGAUAGCAAGCUGAGAAGAAUAUGGCCUGGUUCAGAGGAUCAUUUGAGUCUUGAUAGACCAUAGUUCAUGAAGUCAUAAACAAGUGUUGGUGCCAGGGCUGGCGCCAAAGGGCGGCCAGGUUGGGCCCUUGCUGAGGCCCCCGUGGCCCACAGGAGCCCCUCGUUAGGGUGGGGGAGUAGUGCUCCCCUUCCAUGACCCUCCUGCGGAUCGCACCAAGGGAGCUGCCCGCCCGCCUCUUGCCUUCCCACCGCUUUGCCUGCCCGCUCUCUCUUGCCCCGUCUGCCUGCUCACUUGCUCGCCUGCUGUCCCACCCCCUGCCCACUCAUUCACUCGGCAGCCCCCCCUGCCCUGCUCCCCUCCCACCCGCUCACCAACCCACUCACCCACCCUGCCCGCUGUCCCAUCCCCCCAGCCUCCUGCCAACUCACUUGCUUGCCUGCCCACACCCGCCUGCUCAGUAGGUAGGUAGGUAGGUAGCUGAGGCAUGCGUGCAUGCAUGCGUGCAGGUGCCAGGGCCCAGGGCGGGCUGAUGCCCAAGGGCCCUGGCAUGCCUGGUGCUGGCCCUGGUUGGAGCCAAGCACUCCUCAGCUUUCUCUACUCUCCUGUCAUGUACCAGCUUUGAUCCUGGCUUGUUUUAAACCAGAGUCCCCUGUUAACAUCCAAACUGGCUCAGUAUCUGCCUCAAUAUUGGUUCACAAACCAGGAAAAUAAGGCAGGAUCAAGCUUCUGAACUCUUCUGCUGUCUGUACAGGAGGGGGAAAGGAGAUGGUCCAUCCUGCAAGCCUGAGGCUUGUUCAAGAUCAUUCACAUCAUGCCAAAGUAUUCCUAAGUGUGACAUGGCAAAAUGGCAAAAUGGGGUUUGAGGAUAAGAAGGCUCAUAUUUGCUUCUAUUGUACUUCCAUGUACAGUUAAUAAAAAGCAGGAAUGGGAAAUAUAUAUGCAUGAGACCUUGGAGAUUUGAAAUCACCUGCCAGUCAGGGAUUCCAUUUCUGUGGAUUUUUUAUUCAUAAAGAAAAAGCCUUAAGAUAACUGUUGGUAUAUUGUAUGUAUUAUUAGUAUCUGCAACAGCAUAUUUCACUAUACAGCAUCAUAGGAGGAAUAGCUGUGGCUCGUGCAAGCAGUCAUUGCUGUUCUCUCAUAGAAUUGGAAGGAGCCUAUAAGGCCAUCAAAUCCAAUCCCUUGCUCCGUGCAAGAAUCUAAAUGAAUCAUAUCCAACAGGUGGCUGUGCAGCUACCUCUUGAAUGCGUCCCCACCACCUCUCUAGGUAAUUGGUUCCAUUGUCGUACCACUCAAACAGUUAAGAAGUUUUUCCUGAUGUUCAGCUGAAAUCUGACUUCCUGUAACUUGAGCCCAUUAUUCUGUGUCCUGCACUCUGGGACGAUCGAGAAGUGAUCCUGGCCCUCCUGUGUGGCAACCUUUCAAGAACUUGAAGAGUACUCCCAUAUCUCCCCUCAGUCUUCUCUUCUCAAGGCUAAACAUGCCCAGUUCUUUUAAUCUCUCCUCAUAGGGCUUGGUUUCCAGUCCCCUGAUCAUCCUCAUUGCCCUUCUCUGAACCUGUUUGUUUGUCUGCAUCCUUCUUAAAGUGUGGUAUCUAGAACUGGACGCAGUACUCAAGAUGAUGCCUAACCAGUGCCAAAUAGAGGGGAUCAAGUACUUCACGCAAUUUGGAAAGUAUAUUUCUGUUCAUGUGGCCUAAAAUAGCAUUUGCCUUUUUUGCAGCCACAUCACACUGUUGGCUCAUGUUCAGCUUGUGAUCAACAACAAUCCCAAAAUCAUUCUCGAAUGUAGUAUUGCUGAGCCAAGUAUCCUCCAUCUUAGAACUGUGCAUUUGGUUUCAUUUUCCUAGGUAUAGAACUUUGCACUUAUCCCUGUUAACUUUCAUUCUGUUGUUUUCAGCCUAAGUGUUCCGGCCUGUCAAGAUCCCUUUGAAUCCAUUUGAAUUUAAGUGGAAGCAUUUCUUAUGGUAGGAGCAGGGAGGGGGGCAAGUUUGCUGAGGAAAGUGCUAAGGGGCCAGGAUUGCAACCUCAUGAGGAUGGCCUGAAUACAAAUAGCAUAAUGGCUCUAGAAGAUCUUGGAGCAACUUUGUAUGGGAUGAAUUAAUACUUUAAAAAAAGAUGUUUUUGUUUGCUAAACUGUAAAAUUAGUUGUGGCUUUGCAGAAUCAUAACCAAUGGCUGGGGCUGAUGGGGGUUGGAAUCCAACAACAGCUGGAGGACCACAGCUUCACCACCUCCAUUCUACAGCAUUUUCCCCUAAAAUUGAGGUGAAUGUAAAAAUUAUUCUACAGAAUUCUGACCAGUUAUCUUGUCUAGCCUUCUUCUCCACUGGUUUCUGUUUGUUAAAUGUACUCCUUAACUUAAUGUGUUACAAUUACUGACAUUUCUAGCCCAUCUAAUUAGCCAUCCUGUCAAUAAAGGUUGUGUAAAUGGAGUAAUUGCAGUGUUCCACAAGUGUCCUGUCAAAGUGGAGAGCAACUCUUUUUCUAGGGGUAUAGUACGUUUGUAUGGCUGCAGAAGUUCUUAUGUAACAUUAUGAUCAGGGAAAGAAAUUUGGCAAAACCUUUCACUUGCCAUAAGGCCAGUAAAAGAAUCUAGCUAAUUUGCAGGAAUGGCUUGUACAAGUUUUCCAGUAUUUUACAAACCAAUGUCUUGCUGCUACAAUCAUUUAGAAAAUGCUUAUUUUUAUCUACUUCAAUAGAAUGUGUGUGUGCAGGGGGGGGGAAGGACAGGUUAAAGAAAUAUAUUUUAAUAUCUUGUUAAUCAGUGAUACCCUACAUUGCCAAAAAUUCUUUGCUGAAGGGUGAUUUUGGCAGCAAUGGAGAAAAUUGCUUAUCUCCCCAUAUUUCCAACAAAUUACUAGGAAAGUUUCUAUAUCUCUGGGAAACUGCCAAGUAUUACUGCACCAGUAUAAUAGUUAUCCCUUUAUAAUAGUUUAUAAGUACUGAUUUUGCUCUAAAUCUUAUUAGGCAGAUUUAUAUCUGACCUUUUCCCAUUCCUGAAUAUAUCGGGGCCUAUAUUGGUCUUUACAUGUAAUAUUAUCUGGCAAUUUUUUUGGGAUAAGUCUUUUGAGUUCUUCCAAGGAGUCUCUCAAAUUGUGUAUGUUGACUAUUCCUCAUGUUGCUUGAGGUUCUUUAUCAGAUAUUUAAAUGAUUCUGUCAUUGAAAAUAUUCAACAAGUAGGCCCUGCUGCUUCCUAGUCUUGCUUGUAGCUACUCGUAUGAUUUUUAAUCAUAUCUGUGAGUUUAUCUUCUCCGUAUAAAAAAACCCUAAUUCUUGUUUUUAUUAAAUUGUGGACUAAGUGCACAGAUAUUGAAGGAGUUCUGAGGGCAGAGAUAAUUUUUAUAUUCUUCCCACUGGAGUAAUUGUGCUACUCCCACCAUAUAAUUGCUUAUUUUUCUUUGUUAUCCAAAGUAGAGCAUUUAAUGGCAUCCUAGCAACUCGUUCUAGUCAAGUUAAAAUGUUUAAGAACCAGCCAUGACAAACAGCCUGAUAUUAUCUUCUUGUGAAAAUCCUUUUUCAUUUUUUUAAAGUGUCUCAUUCUAGGGUUUCCCCCCUUAAAUUCCCAGAUAAAAUUAUAUUUUAGCAGUUUGCCACCUCUUCAUAAUCCUGAAAAAUAUUUGUAGGAGGGUCAGUUAGUGGUACACACAUCCUGUUGCUGGAACUAACUUUCCACUUGUCAUCUUGCUUGUAUGGUCCUCUAUAUCAUGUUUAGGGAAAUCCUGCCCUGUUCCUAACAAACUGGAUAUCACUGUCCACUGCCAUCAGGUGUUUUUUUCUUUUUCCUGAGGCAAUACUCGACACCCAGCUUUGAGAUUCUACUGGGCAGAUCUAGUACAGCCUGAUGUUAGAAGGGCCCAAUCUAAUUUGGCCAAUACUCCAGUUUGGCCAAGAUUCACCAGAUUACCACAGUAAUGCUGGCAGUUUAAAAUCCUGCACAAUUCUUACUAGUUUUGCACAGCCCUCCUUUUCCUAACAUACGUAUUUAGGGAUUUCAUUAGCUGGGUUAGAAAUGCCAGUAAUAUUUCCCUGGUUUAUUUUUGUCUAAUUAAAAACAUUCUGCCAGCAAAGAAUGUGUAAACUGAGUAACCGUGAUCCCCUGUAAGCUUCUUGCUAAAGAGGACAGCAGCAUUAUUCUGGUGUCUAUAGAAUGGGGUAUAGGAUUCUAUUCUAUAGGGCUAUAGAAUGUUUGCAUGGUUGUAGAUAUGUGUAUGGAGCAAGGAUUGAAUUUGAGCCAAAACUUCCAGAGCUCAUAAGGCCAGUAAAAAAACUAAUUUGCAGGAAUGGCUUGUGAAAAUUUUUGGCUUAGGUACUACCUUUUCGAAAAUGUAAACAGGCCCUCUUCUUGGUUUUUUAAAAGCAAAAGGCUGACUGAUGGCAAUGGGGUUUGGCCUUUUUUUGGGUUCCCCUCAUACCCAAGCAAUUGGUAUUGAACAUUUCUGUAGACAUUAUUCAGGAGGUGGACACAGAAGUGUCUUAUGCACAGUCACUGCAUGGAUGACCUUGAUUCAUGGCAUGGACUAAGGGGAAGAUUUCACCACUGUUCUUUGGAGCACAAUUUUCUGAGGCAGGAUAUAUAGUUUGAAGAGUAAAGAAAACUUUUAGCAGAGUCAAGACUGCUAUCUCCUGUAAUGUCUUUUCCCUCAAUGGCUGCAUUUAUAGAUGUAAUGCUACGCCACAUGCUGUCAUGGAGCAGCCAUUUCUCAGUAUCCGAUUCAUUUUAGCUCAUCUCUUGGCUUGUGUUGUCUGAAAAUGGGCUCAUGGUUACGCAAUCCUUCAUCAUGAGCUGUAGCCAAAGUUUGUUCUUGGCUAAGUUUAUAGUUAAGGAGAGCUUAACAGUGAGCCAAGUUUGGACGACAUGCUAAGCCAAACCUUGUCUUAGCUGCUGUGCUAAGCUAAAAGGGUAGGAAGGCACAGAGCAGAUGUAAGCUUCUGUCUAGGAGUGGGUACUUUUGCUUUGUUCCAGUAAGCUAUAGUUUGGUUUACCAUGAUGUGCAAGCUAGGCCUGUAGAGUAGUUCAGCUUAAUGUAGUUGCCUUUUCUCCAGUACUACUUUUGAAACCAUGAGGACUCUGGCUUUUGAAGGGGGACGCUUUAAUAGCACUUUUAAGUUCAGCUGGCCUGGCAGGUGCUGAACCUAACUUGACCAGGGGUGCUGGUGGUAGGGGAGAGGAUAUUCCUUGUGAAUGUCACUUAAUGUUUUAGAUAGCUUGAAGUGUGUGGUACUUUAUAACGUGAGCAAGCAUUUUAAAUGCUUCAUAUUAAAAAUGCCUAUUUUAAAAAAAAAUGUAGUACAAACCAUUGCUUGCGAAUCCAAGAGGCAGCAUCAGAAAUUAGCACUGCUGCCAGCACACUUUCCCUCUUCUUAAGAGCUGCAGUCUUGUUAUAGCAUUACCUUAAGACUGAUGUUCGCUCUAGUUGAGGGGGAGAAAGUGCAUUUUUACAAGGCUGGCUAGUGUUAUAGUUGCACUGGCCCUUAUAGGCCAGAUGCUGAAAACCAGGUGUAGGGAACCUCUGGCCCUCCAGAUGUUGCUGAACUACAACUCCCUCCAUCCCUGCCCACUGCUAGAGGCAAUGGUAAUUGUAGUUCAGUAACAACUGGAGGGCCAGAUUCCCCACACUUGCUGCGAACAAACUUCUAGCUCACCUUUUUUUCUUUCUAUAUUUACUUGGGGAAAGUUUCUUAUUGAAAGGUAAAUGUAUAUACUGUACAUCUGUGUAUUAUUGAUUUUGAAGAUUUGUUACUCUUGUAUGCCAAUAAAUUUGCAUGAAUUACUCUGUAUCUAAAUUGUUAUACAAAUAUCUAUGGUAAUCUUGUAUGACCGUUUAAAAUCCAUUGCAGGUAUUUGGUUAACAAAAUACAUUGCAGAGGGUCUUCAUUCCCCAAAAUAAAGGUUUGAAUUCUACUCAGCACAGCUUUCUUUAACACAGAGCCAUGCCUGUUCGAAGUGGUUGGACACAGAGGCACGCCCCAGGACUUUGUCAAGUGUGGAG